UCAAGACGUCAUACGUCAUUUUAUUUACAAGGUUCAUCCAGCAGCGAGCAAAAAGCGAUAAUUAGUUUACUUUUAGAUACCAAUUCGAAUUCUGGAAUAGUUCUACGACAACGGCUCUUGAAUAAUUUUGUAUUGUAUACUGAAGUUUAUUUUUAUUUUAUGCAAUCAUUAAUAAAAUAAAAAUGAGUUGCGUCAGUGAAUUGUCACAAUCAAAUGAGUAUCUUAGUUUUAGAAGCAGCAUUCCCUUGAGAAAAAUUGUUGUUGACUCAGACGGAUCCAAGGCUUGGAGAAUUUUCGAUAGUGGUCCAAAAUCCGUAAGCUGCCCAUUGAUUUGCUUACCGCCAGUGUCUGGCACGGCAGACGUGUUUUUCCAACAAGUUUUGGGACUUGCUGCUAGGGGGGUUCGAGUCAUUGCUGCUGAACCUCCACCAUAUUGGAACAUGAAAGAAUGGUGUGACGGCUUCAAAAGACUCAUCGACUACCUAGAACUUGACAAAGUACAUGUAUUUGGAGCAUCUUUAGGUGGAUUUAUAGCACAGAAGUUUGCAGAACUAACAAGUAACUGCCCUCGAGUUGCAUCCCUUGUGCUUUGUAACACAUUCACAGACACAUCCGUGUUUGAGUACCAUGACUCUGCAGCACUCUUCUGGCUCCUACCUUCCUUGGUAUUGAAAAGAAUGCUCAUGGGAAACUUCACAACUGACAAAUUGGACAAAAGAAUGGCUGAAGCUAUUGACUUCAUGGUUGAAAGACUUGAAUCUUUAAACCAGUCAGAGUUAGCAUCAAGAUUGACCCUGAACUGCACACCAUGUUACAUCAAACCUCAAGCUUUACUUCAUCUGCCCAUCACAGUAAUGGAUGUUUGGGAUGAAUGUGCCUUAAGCUCUAGAGUUCGUGAGGAUCUGUACAAAUCAUACCCACACGCAAAAUUAGCCCAUUUAAAAAGUGGCGGCAACUUCCCUUACUUGAGUAGAAGUGAUGAGGUCAACCUUCAUUUACUAAUUCAUUUGCGACAAUUCGACGGCACAGACUUAUCGGCGUCGUAUAUCAGUUUGCACAAAAUGCCGGCACCUACAAACCAACCCGAGGAAGGUACAGUCAGUUACUUCAACCAGAGAGAAAAAGUCGUGAAGAUAUCAUAAGGAGGUGCAUGCUAAACACCUGUUUAUGGUACAGGUUUUACUUGUUUGUUUUUAUAUUGAUCAACUUUCAAAUCCUAUUAUUUGAAUAUAAUAGCCAAUAUGUAAAUAUCAAUAAUCUAAAUUUAGAUUUGAAUCAAAUCACUUUAUGUAUCUUUUAAUUCUUAAAUACAUGGUAUUUGGAGGAUUUUAUAAUGAAAUGGAAACAUUGUCCGUUUUUAAGGGUGAUGAAAAAAAUGGUGUGAUAAUUAUGAUUGUGGAAUUUGUGUAAUAUUUAUGUAAAUGUAAAUUAGGGUGAAGUAUUUUACGUUUUUUAUAUAAAUGUUAUUAUUUGUUUUUCUAGAAUUAAUAUUCAGCCGUUAUAUGUAUUGCAAAGCUGUUAUAGGUCUGUAUGGCCUUUUCAUAUUAAACCAAAUUUUUAUAAUGAUUCCAAGUUUUUAUAAUGACUAUCGUGAGACAUACAAAAUUAACUAAAAAUCGCGGGUUACU